GGCGGCGCGGUGCGGCCCGGCCCGGCGGAAGGGCCCUGCCCGGUACCUGGUGCUCGGUACCGGCCCCCUCCCGCAGCCCGCUGCCCUCCCGCCUGGCCCCGGCAUGUCGCAGGCCACUUACAACAAGAUAUGGACAGAUGCCCAGAAUGACCUCGACAUCCAGCUCCAGACGGAGAGAGAACAGUUCCUCCAGCCAGAGAAGGACCGCGUGAAAGUGUUCAAGAUGUUAGCUUCUUCCUACAUCAAAUACGUGCAGAUCUUCCGCAACUUGGAGGAGGCGCACGACCGACUUGUUCACCAGCAGAAACGGGCAGUGAUCCGGCGAGUGCUAGAUGGCGUGAUUGGCCGGAUCCUGGAGAUGAAGAAGGAGAUGGUGGCGCUGGAGAACUCCGAGUUUCAUUACAUCGAUAAUAUCCUAGAAGAUCUAAAGCUUCUCCCGGAAGACAUAGAAAUACCUAUCCCAAGGUAUUUCAUUAAAGAAAACCUGGAAGUCUUGCAGCAGAGAGAGACAAUGCUUGAUGAGAUUUUAUGUAAUGCUGGAUUGCAAACACAGAAACCUGUCAAGGCCAUGACAUUUGAAGAAGCCAUUAAAAUGAUCCAGGUCGCAGAGCGGGCUCGCCAGGGUCGUCGUAGAGCAGUAUUCAUGAAGCAAAUGUACCUUGAAGAAAAGACAAAAAGACAAACAAAACUUCAGGUACAGAGUGGUCCAAACCCAGAUGAUGCUGCCACUUGCAUUCAAAAGGUUUGGCGUGGAUAUAUCCAGCGCAAGAAAACAGAGAAAAUGAGAGAAGAGGAAAUGAUAUUUCUGGGGAUGAGCCUACCUCCUCACUUAAAGGCAAUGAGCCCUUCACAGAUGCAUGCCAAGCAAGUAAAUGCCCUGCAAGGUGAGGUCCAGGAGAGAAACGAGGAGGUAUUUAUCAAGGGCAAGCUGAGAGAAACAGAGGGGCUUGACAUCAAGGAAACUCUCGAGGAUCAGAUCAGCCAAUGUUUCAUCGAGUGUCGGCACAUUAUAGGCAGGUUUCCUGACUAUCCUACCAAAGAAGCAGGAGGUUCAGCGACUAUUUUUUCUCAAAAAACCCCAGAGCAGGUUGCCGCAGAACUGGCUGCCAAAAAGGAGAUGGCUCUGCAGAAAAAAUCCCAAAAGGAAGAAAAAGAAAAAGAGAAAGGAAAGGAAAAAACAGAAGGAAAAACACAGAAAACUGGAAAAAAGGAAGAGGAUGAGGGCUGGAAAAUGGCUCCCAGUAAUUUCCUUUCAAUAAUGGAGGAAGGAAGCAGUCAAUACAAAGCCGUUUGGCAGAACAGAGACGAGGGAUGGGAUUUCCUCCAGGAUCACGACCUGGAGCUGAUCAAAGAAGAGAAACGGGAAGAAGUGGAGGAAGAGAUCAGAGUGCAGGUUGAUGAAUUGAUGCAACAGAAACUAGAGAAUCUCAAACUGGCUGUGGAUGGAGAGAAGAGUGGCAAGCAGAAAAAAGGAAGAAAAAGUGAAAAGAAAAAAAAGACAGCAGGGAAGAAAAUAUCUGAGCUGGAAGAAGAUCUGACUCCUGACAGGACCAUCAAUUCUCUGUACAGGGAACUAGUGGAAGAAGGAGUACUAAUAAAACCCAAGACAGUGUAUCUCUCCGAUUACGUAGGCGAGUACAGCUAUCUGGGGACUACACUUCGUCAGGUAGAUGCAGAGCCGGUGCCCUCUCUUGCAGAUGUCAGGCAGCUAAUAGCGCUGUAUGGGAUAUUGCCAUUAGGUUCCCAAACAGUUCAUGAGAAGGCUCCUUUGGUGAAAGCCUUAUUACUGGCUGGACCCGCUGGUGUUGGAAAGAAAAUGCUGGUCGAUGCCAUCUGCACAGAAACAGGAGCCAACCUCUUCAAUUUAUCUGCUUCCAACAUUGCUGGGAAAUAUCCAGGCAAGAAUGGCCUGCAAAUGAUGCUUCACAUGGUUCUCAAGGUGGCUAAGCAGCUGCAGCCUUCAGUCGUGUGGAUUGGAGAGACAGAAAAAACAUUUUAUAAAGCAGUGCCGAAGGCUGAAGAACAGAUGAACCCAAAACGUCUGGAAAAGAUUCUCCCCAAAUUCCUUAAGGCUUUGAAAGCACAGGACAGAGUGCUGCUAGUAGGAACCACCAGACGUCCCUUCGAUGCUAAUCUUAAACAUUUCUGCAAAGUUUACCAGAAAAUUAUUCUGAUUCCUAGGCCUGACUAUGCUUCAAGAUUUGUGUUAUGGAAGCACAUCAUCCAGCAGAAUGGAGGAGUGAUCACCAACUUGCUGAACAUAAGCUGCCUAGCGAUGGUGUCUGACGGUUUCACCCAGGGACACAUCGUCCAGGUGGUGCGAGCUGUCCUGAGUGAGCUGCGCCUCCUGCAGAUGACCAGGAAGCCACUGCAGACUGCUGAGUUCAUGACUCCCCUGGCCAGACAGGACCCAGUGUACAAAGAGGAGGAGGAAACGUUUAAGGCUUGGUAUGCCAAGACACCUCUGGGUAGAGCACGAAGCAGAGCACUGGCAAAGAGUGAGAAAGCAGGAAAGGGAAAAACAAAAUAAGAAAAUGAAGGAAAAGAGAAAAACUAACUUCCUCAAGACUUUUGCACACCAGUCACAGCUCUACUUCAGCGAAAAGCGGGGAGACGAUAGGAAAGCAGACACUUCGGAAUAACACAUCACAAGUUACAGCCAUCCCAGGAAAGAGAAGUCAUUUCUGAAUGUAUUUUUAAAAGUUACAAAAUAGGAUGAGACAUCAAUGUGACAUGUAGCUCUCAGAGGAUAAAGAGUUAAUGGCCACUGACUUGCUCAAACAUUAUUUAUUCUAAGAGGUUUUAGGGGGCACAGGGGUUCAUUACUCAGGACUGAAACAUGCCAUCAACUUUUAGGCUAUCCUCAUUUAUUUCAGCAAGUAACUCUCCUUAAAAAUUGAUGUCACAUUAAUGUCUU